GGGUGAGACAGGCGGAGGCAGGAAGAGCCAAGGGCGCAGACACGAGGAGGCAGGGGGAGGCACGAGGAGAAAAGGAAAGCUCUUUUUUUUUUUUUUUUUUUUUUUUUUUUUUUCGUCUCUCUCUCUUGCAAGAUCAGGUUGCAGUCAUCAUCAUCAUCAUCAUCAUCUUACAGAUGGACUCUGAUGACUCACGGCCAGCUGCAUGGGAUUGUCCCACGUGCACAUUCCAUAACUCCAAAGUUGGUGAUCUCUACUGCCAGGUCUGUGGCGCUCCGAGGUUAGACAAACGAUUUCCUAAAUCGGCAUCCGUUCCCAUUUUAGGAAAUGGAUCGAUGAUAUCGAGGGUAAUGGCUGAGCAAUUUCCAGCUGGAGGUAGAGGAGGGGCAACUGAGUGGAUUUGCAGCGUCUGCACUCUGGUUAAUAAGAGUACGUCUUUGGGGCCUAAUGGGGAGAUGGAAUGCGAUGCGUGCGGAGAACCGAGGAAGAUGGAAGGUAGUGAUGACGAUGAAGAUGCAAGUGUUGAUGGCUAUGGUGGAGACGAUGCUUGCGCAAGUGUUGAUGGCUAUGGAGGAAACAAUACAAGGGUUGAAAGUGGAAGAGGAGGAGAGAGGGGGGGUGUGAAUGAGGUGAAGGUAUCUGAUGAUGAUGAUGAAGAAGAGAACGAAGCGGAUGUACGAGGUCGCAGGGGUGGGAUGGGGGGGUCGCCAGAUACAAGGUAUUAUCGGGAGCAGGAGGAGGGGGCGCCGGGGGGAGCGCGGGGGAUCAGACGCGCUGAUGCCACCGAACAACGGCGCGCUACAGGAACGACGCAGCGAGGGGAGAUGGGGACAAUGGCGCGGUCUGUUGUGGUCCGCGGCCCGAAACCUGCGCACAGGAAGAGAGAAUUUGAGGAGGAGGAGGAGGAGGAGGAGGGGACGGACAGCCUGGCCUCUUUCCUACAUGAGAAGGAAGCGCGGGGGCGGCGAGAUCGACCUUUCCGGAGUUGGAAACGACAGAGAGGAAACGAUGAAGAUACCGACAGAGGAGGAGGAGGAGGAGGAGGAGGAGGAGGAGGAGGAGAGAGAGGAGGUGGAAUAGGAGAUGGCAGAAGUGCUCCAGCGAAGGUUGAGCAUGGUCUUGCAGUGGGAAACUCGUCUACUCCGACGGUGCUGCAAGGAGGGAGUACGUGCUUGGAGAUUGAAGCUGUCGAAGUACCGAAGUCGCCAGUCCUGGGGGACAAUCGGUGGCUGGCCAUGCUUCAUGCUGAGCGCGACGCGAGGAGAAGAAAGGCAGCUGCUGCCAUGGCAACGAACACAAACAGCGAUGCUGUGGAGAAGAAGAAGGAGGAGGAGGAGGAAAAAAAGCUAAUCGGUUGGGGAGGAGGAGAGAAUAAAACGAAAACAGGAAAUACAAAAGAGGGUCUUUCCGCUCUAACAGAUCAUCUUGGCCUGGUCAGGGUUGUGGGACAAGGAGGAGAAGAGGUAGUGGGAGGAGGAGGAGGAGGAGGAGGAGGAGGAGGAGGAGGAGGAGGGCUAGUGGGAGCAGAUGGCAGGCGGCGAGUAGGGGUAUUUGGCGGAGGAGGAGAUGGCGGGCGAGGGGUAGGGGUAGUGGGAACAGAUGGCGGGCGUGGAGUAGGGGUAGUGGGAGGAGGAGGAGGAGGAGGAAGAGGAGGAGGAGGGGGAGGGUGGGGAGUAGGGGGAUUUGGAGGAGGGGGAGGGGGAGGAGGCGGGGCAAAUGCUGUGAGGAAAGGAAUCGCCGCCGCCAAAGGACCAAUGAUUGACCACCGAGGAGUUGAUAGGGUACCUGUGGAGAAACACCUACCGUCGCAAUCACACCUGGAGAGGGAUACCGACAGGUAUGAAGAGUCUGGGGGGGCAAUCCGUUCACAGAAUCUGGGCGGGAUAAGCAUUCUGACGUACAACGUUUGGUUCAAGGAAGACGUGGCACUGAAUGUUCGUAUGAAAGCUCUCGGAGACUUGAUUGACAAACACGAUCCUGAAGUCAUCUGCCUUCAGGAGGUCACGCCGAACAUAUGCACCCUCUUUGACCGCGCCUCUUGGCGUCGUCAUUACCGAUGGUGUAGUCUGAAUCCUCCCCUACCAGGUGGAUCUAACAGCCUCAACAAUAGCAGCAACGUCAACAUCAAUAGACCCUACUUCGUCCUCCUCUUGUCUAGGAUCCCUGUGAUCUCGAUGCGUGUGCAUCCGUUCAGAAACUCCAUCAUGGGAAGGGAGAUCUGUAUCGCGUCGGUGACGUUGGAUGAUGGACGGAAUCUGACGGUGGCAACGACCCAUCUGGAGAGUCCAUGUCCAGCCCCCCCAAGCUGGAAUCAGAUGUUUAGUGGGGAGAGAGUGGCGCAGGCAAAAGAAGCAAUAGAGGUGCUGAAGGACGAACAGAACGUGGUGUUCUGUGGAGAUAUGAAUUGGAACGAGAAGCUGGAUGGGGCGCCGCCUUUGCCCAAAGGAUGGGUAGAUGCAUGGGAGCAGCUGCGUCCCGGGGACCCCGGGCUGACCUACGACUGCAAGGCGAACGCGAUGCUGACAGGGCGACUGAGGAAUCGGCUAGAUCGGAUGUUCUGUAAGUUAAACGAUUUUGUGCUUUCUGAUAUCGAAAUGAUUGGCACCACGCCAAUUCCAGGAGAGACGUACCAGAAAGAGGCUAAGGUGAAGAAACAGACGCAGAUGCUGACACUGCCUGUGCUGCCCAGCGAUCAUUUCGGUCUGCUGUUGAAGGUUGUGCCAAGGGGGCGAUGACUGGUUUUGUGUGUGUGUGUGUGUGUGUGUGUGUGUGUGUGAGAGAGAGAGAGAGAGAGAGAGAGAGAGAGAGAGAGAGAGAGAGAGAGAGAGAGAGNGAGAGAGAGAGAGAGAGAGAGAGAGAGAGAGAGAGAGAGAGAGAGAGAGAGAGAGAGAGAGAGAGAGAGAGAGAGUUGAGUAAUGGAAUGGCCGGAAGUACAGGAGGAAGAAGCAAACCCAGGGGCACCAGCAAAGAGGAUUUACGGAGGGAGAGAGAGAGAGAGAGAGAGAGAGGACGGGUUGAGAUAAUGGAAUGGCCGGAAGUGCAGAGGGAAGAAGCAAACCCAGGGGCACCAUUAAAGAGGAUU